GCGAGGAAUGCGCGCUCGGCUCCGGGGCGGAAGGUGGGCCCCAGGCUGGAGAUGGCGGGAAAGUGAGGCCAAGGGACGAAGCUGGCUGCCACGGCCGCUCCCAGUCCCUCGGCCUGUGCUGGCCGCCCCGAGGGGAAGGGAGGAGGGCGCCAGACCUCCCACUCCCUGAAUUUACUUGUUAGGGGUUUGCUCUUAGCCAAAGAAAACCACCACAAUAAAGAUAAAAAUAAAAAACGUUGCAUUGGUCCAAAGACUGCCUUAAAAAAAAAAAAAAAGCCCUUAUCAAAAACAGAUGAGGAAAAAUUAAAGAAAAACGUCUGUCCGGAGCUUCGCUGAGUGGUGCUGGUUCUUAUAAUCGGGAACCUGCCCUAAAGGAAGCGGGCUUUGGAGCCGCAGUUAGGACAACGACGACGUGGCAAUACCAGCGUCCCCUCUGGAGUGCCUGGCUUUGAACUCUGACUCUGGAUUCCAGCUUCCUGCUGAGGCGCACCCUGGGAGGUACCAGGUGAUGGCUCACGCACCUGGGUCCCUGCUGUCCCCGUCGAAGACCCUGAAAUCAAGAACCACCCCCGUUUGUGACAUCCUUUCUGUGGCCAAGUUCCACUCACUCCCAUGAGCCCUAGGAGAAGCCUUGGACCAAGGAGCUCCAAGAAGGAAGCUGUAGCACUGCGGAGGGAAAGAGAGGAAGUAUCUCAGAGAUGCUGCGGCUCAUUGUGGAGUCGGCCAAAAUUGAGCCGCCCCUAAGCCCUCCACCCAGGCCCUGCGUGGCCGUCAACUUCAGAGAUACCAAGAAGAAAACUCGUGUGGUGGAAGGGAACGAGCCUAUAUGGAAUGAGACCCUUAUCUGGCACCUCCGGAACCGCCCCUUGGAAAAUGACUCCUUCCUGCAAGUUGUCCUUCUGGACAUGGGCUCAAAGAAGAAAGAAAGGUUCAUUGGCCUGGCCACAGUCCUGCUGGAGCCAUUGGUGAAACGAACUGAGGUCCUGUAUGUGAAGGGCCUGAUCCUGCUCAACCAUUCCAUGAAGCCCACAGAUUGUACUGUCACCCUCCAGGUGGCCCAGAUGACCAACCAGGAUAUUGAGAAGACAUGGGAUGAAGACCUCCUGGGCAUAAGUGCAAGAGAAGCGGCCAGGCAGAAGCUGAUGGCUCUCAGCCCCACCCUGCACAGGGUCCAAUGCUCAAAGCCUCAGCACUUUCAGGUUCGGGUGAAGGUGUAUGAAGCCCGACAGCUCAUGGGCAACAACAUCAAGCCAGUGGUGAAGGUGAUCAUUGGAAGUCAGCAGCACCACACGCGGAUCAAGAUGGGAAACAACCCUUUCUUCAAUGAGAUCUUCUUCCAGAAUUUCUAUGAGGUUCCUUCAAAGUUCUUCGAUGAGAUCAUUUCAAUCCAGGUGAUGAACUCUUCAGUGUUGAGAUACAACGCAGAGAUCGGGAGAUUCCAAACAGAUAUUGGGUUUAUUUACCAUUCUCCAGGUCACGCACUGCUAAGGAAAUGGUUAGGCCUGUGCCUGCCAAACAAACCCAUCAGCGGCGUGAGAGGCUACCUGAAAGUCACCAUCUGCGUGCUGGGUGUGGGAGACCAGGCUCCGGUGGAUCAAAAGCUGCCCUAUGGGGCCGAGAAGGAUAUUCAGAUCAUCAAGUCGACCCGAGUCCCCAUCCACGCAGCCUACUUACAGUUCUUCAUCUACUGCGCCGAGGACCUGCAUCUCAAGAAACACCAUUUAGUGAGUCCUGUUUUGGAAGUGGAACUAAUUGGGGAAAAGCUCCAGACAAAUAUGCAGGCCCUCACCGAUAACCCCAUAUGGAACCAGAUCCUGACCUUCCAGAUUCAGCUGCCCUGCCUCUCCAGCUACAUCAAGUUCAGAGUCUUGGAUUGCCCCAGAAAUGAUUGUCAGAAUGAGAUUGGCACUGUGAGCUUGUCCCUCAACCAGAUCUCGUCCACUGGGGAAGAGAUAGAAGGAAUGUACUCCGGCUUCCUGCCCUGCUUUGGCCCCAGCUUCCUGAUUCUCCAUGGGGGGAAAAGGGCUGCGUUCAGCAUGCGGGAAAAAGACUGUGUUCCCGACUCUGUUAAGGAUGGUUUAGCUUAUAGAGGACGACUCUUCAUGGAGUUAAUCACAAAAAUCAAGUCCCAGCAAGAGUUUUGGAUAAAGGAUAUCUCCCGUGAAGUGGCAAGGAUAGAGAAGCACCAGAACCGGCUGAGGUAUGGGCUGUGCGUCGUCUUCCUGUCCUGUACCCUGAUGCCCAGCUUUAAGGACCUGAUCCAGUUCGAAGUCAGCAUCGGCCACUACGGAAACAAGACAGACACGAAUUACAAACCUCUGGUGUCAACCACACAGUACAGUCCGGUGAUAUAUGAUGGGAACAUCUACCACUAUGUACCCUGGUACAACACCAAGCCUGUCGUGGCCGUGACCUCCAACUGGGAGGACAUCAGCUUCCGCAUGAAAUGCCUCAACCUCCUCCACGUCACUCGGGACCGCCUGAAAGCCAAUCUGGACACCCUGAAGUCCCUGCGGAAUCCGAAGGACCCAGCUCUGCUCCAGCAGUGGGAGAAGCUGCUGAGGGAGCUGGUGGAGGACUGCAAGCGCCCUCUGCCCUGCAUGACCGAUCAGCCCAAAGCCAACAUCCUAGACAAGGAGAAGUGGCAGCUCCGGAACCUCCUCCUGAAGGAACUGGCCGAGAAGGCCAAGAACGCCAAGCCCAGGGAUAUGGUGGCCACGGUGGAGGGCUGGCUGCACCGACUCGACGCUGUGCUCCCCGAGCCCCAGAUGGGCUUCCCGGACGUGAUGAUCUGGCUGAUGGCCAGGGAGCAGCGAGUGGCCUACGCACGGGUGCCUGCCCACACCAUCCUGUUCUCCCCGGCAGGGAGCCUGCACUCCGGCCGCUUCUGUGGCAAGAUCCAGUCACUCCUGCUGCAGUACCCAGAGGGAGAAGGAGAGAAGGACACGGUCCCGGCCCACCUCCGGGUCUGCAUGUGGCUCGGGAACGUCAUGGACAGCCAGCACCUGCAGCUGCCCCGCCAGGGCAGCAUAGUGGUGUAUGCCGAGACGUAUGAGAAUCAGGCCAAGUAUAAAGACCAGUGGGGGCCGCAGGGGCUGCACCGAUGCCCCAACUUCUCAGACGUCACGGGGCACAAGGCCCUCCCCAAGACGAAUUUCAAGGCACCCACGGGAUGGCACUGGCAAGACAACUGGAAAAUAGAGCCUCAGAGGAGGCUCCUCUUGGACACAGACAUCAACAAGAGCCAGGUGCUGGAGGAGGUAUACGAGAACCAGGACCGCGAUGCCACAGGCGCCUGGGUUCCUGCGGAAAUCCCGAACACGGAUUUGGAUGGACAGCCUGUGGAGGCCCGGGAGAACGUGAAGUGCCCCCCAGGCUGGCACUUUAAGAAGAACUGGACUGUGGAGCUGAACCACGCGGUGGACAGUGAGGGCUGGGAGUAUGGAGUGGGGAUCCCGCCCUCGGGCAUGCCCCGGGUCUGGAGCUCAGUGGAGAAGACCUACCACUCGCGACGUCGCAGGCGCUGGGUGCGUCUGCGCUUCCGGGACCCGGAGAAGCCGAGCCAGGAGCAGGAGACCCUCUCCUUCCUGCAGCAGCAGGGCCUGGCCAAGGAGGACGAGGGCUGGGAGUACGGCACCUUUGGCUCCAAGUUCCACCUGGACCCGCAGCCCCACAGCGAGUUCCGCCGCCGCUGCUGGCACCGCAGGCUGGUGCCCAACCACGACAAAGGCAUCGCGCCCAUCUUCCUCCUGGAGGGCUCUUUGGUGAGGGAUCUGAAGUUUAAUUACAAGAAGGAAGAGGAAAAGCCAGGGGUCUGGGGUCAGUUCAGAGACUCCUGGAGGGAACGCCCCGAGGAACCCCUGCCUGCCAACAUGCCCUUCAUCUACUGCCUGAUUAACAAGCCCCACUACUACCAGCUCCUCUGCUACAUCUACCAGGCCCGGAACCUGCUUUCCAACCAGAUCCUGACAUUCCAAGGGCCCUUCAUUCGGGUGAUCUUCUUAAACCACAGCCAGCGCACCCAAGCCGCAGGCAGCUCUGCAGCCCCCAUUUGGGCCCAGACACUCAUCUUCCAGCACCUACUCCUGUACGAGAACCCCCAGGACACCAAAGAGAGCCCACCACUCCUGGUGUUGGAACUGUGGCAACGCGACUCCCAGGGCAAGGAAAGCUUGUGGGGACGGAGCAUGUGGCCCCCAGUGGUCUGGCUGGAUCUCCAAGACCGGAUCCUGCCCCCUCUGAGGUGGCACCCACUUGUAAAAGACCUGGGGGAGGAAGAGAGUGAGAUCUUGGCAUCCUGCGAGCUGAUCCUGGAGACAGAGAAGCUGAGAGAGAAGCAGCUGCCGAUCCUGAGUGUCCCCUGGAAGAACGGGGUCUACACACUGCCCAGGAGCAUCCAGCCCACGCAGAGGAAGAUGGCCAUUGAGAUCCUGGCCUGGGGCCUUCGGGGCAUGAAGAAGGUGCGCUACCCCCAGCUCCUGGUGGAGUGUGGGGAAGAGUCCCUAAAGACAGAACCCAUCCAGGACUUCCAGACCAACCCCAACUUCCCCGAGCCCAUCCUCUUCCUCAUGGUGUUCAUGCCCACAGAGGAAGCCUACGCGUCGCCCCUCACGGUGAAGGUGGUGGACAAUCAGGACUAUGGCCAGCAGAGCGUGGUGGGCCAGGCCAACAUCGACUUCCUCCAGCCUUAUUUCUGUGACCCCUGGGCUCAGGACUACGUCCCCCCGCAGCUGCCAACGCUGGCCGAGAGGAAGCACCACCAGGAGAUCCUAGAGCACCUCUACAGAAAGUUCUGGUACAAGUCCAGCAAAGACGAGGAUGAAUUUGAGCACGAGGUGGAUUGGUGGAGCAAGCUCUUCUGGGCCACAGCAGAUGACAGGUCCCUGAAGUACAAGUACAAAGAUUACUUCGCCAUAAAGGUGUAUGACUGUGAACUGGAGGCCGUGCCAGCCUUCCAAGGCCUCCAGGACUUCUGCCAGACCUUUAAACUCUACCAGGAGCAGCCCAAAGUGGAUAGCCCUGUGGUAGGGGAGUUCAAGGGCCUUUUCCGCAUCUACCCCUUUCCUGAGAAUCCAGAGGCCCCCAAGCCCCCGCGCCAGUUCUUGGUGUGGCCCAGUAGAGAGGACUUCCCUCAGCAGUGCUUGGUGCGGGUGUACGUGGUGCGAGGCAUCAACCUGCAGCCCCAGGACUACAACGGCCUGUGUGACCCUUACGUGAUGGUGAAGCUGGGGGAGACAAAGCUUGGCAGCCGGGACACUUACCGGCCCAACACUCUGGAUCCCAUCUUCGGCACGAUGUUUGAGCUCACCUGCAACAUUCCCCUGGAGAAGGACCUGGAGAUCCAGCUGUAUGACUUUGACCUCAUUUCAGCCGAUGAUGAGAUCGGAACCACAGUCAUCGACCUGGAGAACCGCCUCCUGUCUGGCUUUGAAGCUCGCUGUGGGCUCUCCAAAUCCUACUGCCAGACAGGGCCCUUCCGUUGGCGGGAUCAGAUGCCCCCCAGCUACCUCCUGGAGCGCCGUGCCAAGCAGAAAGGGCUGCCUCCGCCUUUGUACAGCCCUGAGGAAGACUCUGUCUUAUACAACGGGGAAAAAUUCAAGCUGGAAAGCUUCGAGCCCAAGCCCCUUCACGUGCCUGGUUUGGGACCCAAGAAAGAACGCCUGGCGCUGUACAUCCUGCACACCCAGGGGCUGGUCCCUGAGCACGUGGAGACCCGCACACUGUACAGUGAGAGCCAGCCGGGCAUUGACCAGGGAAAGGUGCAACUGUGGGUGGACAUCUUCCCCAAGAAGCUGGGGCCUCCAGGCCCCCAAGUCGACAUCAGCCCCAGAAAGCCUAAAUGGUACGAGCUGCGGUGCAUCAUCUGGAAGACCGCCAGUGUGGACCUGGUGGACGAGUCACUGACCAGAGAGAAGAUGAGUGACAUCUACGUCAAAGGGUGGCUGUUCGGGAUGGAGAAAGACAUGCAGAAGACGGAUAUCCACUACCACUCCGUGACCGGUGAGGGCAACUUCAACUGGCGGUUCAUCUUCACCAUGGACUACUUGGCAGCAGAGUGUAUGUGCGUGCGGAGCGAGAAGGAUUACAUAUGGAGCCUGGACCCCACGUCAAUGAAGUUGCCGGCCCGGCUCAUCAUCCAGGUCUGGGACAAUGACACGUUCACCAGUGACGACUUCCUAGGGGUCCUGGAGCUGGAUCUGUCCGACAUGCCCUUCCCAGCCCCGAGCGCCAAGCAGUGCUCCCUCAGGAUGAUGGACCCAGACCCCAAGUGGCCCCAGUUCCUUCAGCACAAGCGCUUCUCCCUCUUCAAGAAGAAGAUUGUCACUGGCUGGUGGCCUUUCCAGGUCCUUGAUGGAGACAAGUGGCGCCAGUCGGGCAAAGUGAAGAUGACUCUGGAGGUCCUGUCACAGAAGGAAGCCUUAAUCAAGCCGGCGGGGCGAGGCCAGUCAGAGCCCAACCAGUACCCUACACUCCACCCUCCCCUACGUCCCGACGCCACUUUCUCGUGGUUGCGAUCGCCUAUUCAAAACUUCUGCAUUGUUUUCUGGAAACGCUACCGCUACAAAAUCAUAGCCUUCUCAGUCAUGUUGGUCAUGGUGCUCUUGCUGUUCCACUUUAUCUACUCCGCUCCGAACUAUUUAGCCAUGAACUGGAUCAAACCUGAAAUGCGGCUGUAUCCUCCCAUUAAAAUAGUCAAUGUCAUCGGUUCACCAAACACCAGCAAUGCCAGCUCCACCCUCCUCAUCACUGAGAAACCACACCUAGUGGAUACAGCAGACCAGGAGUGGCAGCUCGUCCAGGAACCCAAGAAUCAGAUGGAUGACAUUUUCCCAGAGCUCCCAGCUGCAGGAGACUAAUCCGCUGAUUUAUCUGCCUUUUCUCCUGCUUCUAUCGGCCCUACCCCCAGACUUCCUACCAACUCCCUGUUUCUGUCUCCUAGGGCAUUCGAAGAGGCUAGGGGUAUUCUGGCUAUUGUGCUCAGAAACCACUGCCCCAAGAGCAGAGCUGUAAUUUUCCACUGAAAUAAACAAGCUU